AUGGGCACUACAGAUCGAGGCACAGCCGGCGCAGAGGGGGCUGGGCUUCCAGACUCGACGAUGGCAGUAUCUGUACCCGGAGAUGUGGCCGCAGAGUCCGGAUUUAUACUAGGAUACAAUCGUCGAUGUUUGCUGCCAAGGGCGCGUCAUCGUAUAUCACAACGGACCCUUGAUAGCGCGGCAGAAGCGAGUGGGACUGAGGGCGUGGCAGAAGCGGCAGCGGUUGGUAUCUCAGGUACGACAAUGGCAGUAUCUGUACCCGGGGCGGGCUCAGGGCCCGAAUCGAUAGAUGUGAAAAAGCUGCAUGAUUCAGUGUCGCUCAUGAACAUCGCUCCAACACAAUCUGUGUCGCGUUGGAUGCUAUACGUGGCGGGUGCGGCAGAUUCUGUUGCUGCCGAAGUAGCAGAUAUAGUAACAAUGGUCGAUGUUGUAGAUGAUGAAGUAGAAGAUGAACUGGUCGUCAGUAACGUCAAGUCUGCUGAGUAUGCCGAUGUCGUCGAUGCUUCAGACAGAAACGUGGAUGUCGUUGAUGUCAUCGAUGUUGUGCCAGUUGUCCCCAACAAGCGAGUAGCGAACACAAAAUCAGUGUUAGACGCCUCUGAUAAGGGAUAUUCGGUCUGCGUAGCCGAACAAGUCUCGGAGGAGGUGGGAGUGGAUUUAGUGGUUGUGGUUGUGGCAGUGCUGGGUGCUGAUGAUAUGCUUGUGGCUGUCUUUGAGUCGCUUCUUUCGGAACGUGUACUUGUGGCAGUAGGUAACGAUACUGAUGAGCUCGAUGAGAGCAACACUGAACGUGACGAGGUUCCACUCAGUCUGGACGAAGAUGAAGUACUCUGUCUGACGGGUUGCAAGGAUGAUGAGGAUGAUCGACUGUGCGAAGAUGAGAUUCUCAGAAUCGAGGUAGUCGACGAUUUGCUGCGGCUUUUGCUACUGCUGCUGCUUGAUGAUCCACGGCUCGAAGACGUUCUGGUGCUUGUCUUGGUCGAAGAACUCGUUUUGCUGACAAGUGUGGUUGCCGUCUUUGUCGAAGAGUGCCUAGAGCUGGUUUUCAGCGUCGAGGAUUGCUUGUCACUUGAUUCUGUGCUAGAUGCUGAAGAUCGGCUGCUAGAACGCAGCGUUGACUUGCUGUUUGAUUUCGAAGACGAGGAAGGCUUGGCAACUGGCGUCUUCGACUUUGAAGAUGUUCUUUUCGAAGAGGUAGAACUUGUCGAGGUGCUUUUCGAAGUCGGCACGAGAGCGAUGUCAGAAGAAACACACGCUCUCUGUUCCAAAACCAAAGCAGAUGCCAAGGAGAACAAAGAGAGCAACGGUAACAGCAACUCAAGGAGACGCAUAUUUUCACAGGCAAGAGAAUUCGGGAAGCUGGGUCAGAGUGUGGAAGAUGAGUUCAGUGGACCACGGCAUGAGUUAUAUCCACAACCUCAUCUCAUUACUUCGGGGCUGAAUGGGAAAAGCGACGCUCCAAGAAAAUCUCAUUACUGA